AUGAUGGUUUUCAAGAGUGAAGCUCAUAAAUCCCUUUAUCAUCGCAUGAUCCAGCUACAAAUAACAGCCAAACUUUUGAAAAGAUUUGGUGGCAUUGGACAACAAGAAUGUAGAGUUUUAAAUAAGCCUUCAUGCAAGCGUUUCAUAGCAUUGUGGGCAAAUGAUAUCCUGGAUAAGUUACCGAAAGAUUUCAAGCUUCAAGAAGAGUACAUUCGAACUGCGACCGGGAAUUUAUCCAGUACCAUAUUAUCCAGUGAUGAAACAAAGGAGUUAUUGGAAAAUGACGAAUCACUUAAAUGGUUAGUAAAUAGAAUUAAAAACAAUAAUGACUGUGUACCUAAGCCGUAUUUCCCUUCGUUACUUCGAAAUUCAAUGAUUCAGUUUCCAUUUAAUAAUUAUGAUAUUGAUAAGUCAAGGGAACUGUAUGGGUUACUCAAAUUUCCAUUUUAUCGUUUGACGUGUGACAUCUACCCGGAAGCUUCAGAGUCCUUUACUGAAUUAACUGAACCUAACUUGGAUAAUGAAUCUAAAAACUACGAACCAGAUGAAAAUAUAAACAAGGAAAUGAAAUUGCAUGAAGAGGCCAAUCCUAACGCAUAUAACUAUGGUACUUCAAAUUAUAUAUAUGCUCCCAGUGAAAUGGAGACCGGUUUAAAUGAUUUAUAA